CAGCUGUAAAACAAUUAGCUCUUGAAAUUAAACAAUUUAGACUACUAAAUGUUUUAAAAAUAUAAUGUAGUCGCACAUAACUGCUGUUGGGGUCACGGAAAGAGACUCAGAGGAUUAGAAUAUAAACAGGUAUCUUUAUUGACAGCAACUGAAGCAGAGGGUAAUGACAGGUGAGUAUCAAGGGCAAUGGAACAGUUCUUGGACAGAUUGUGACUAUAACCUUGUUUUGCUGGAGAUCGUGGAAGGGAGACAACAGACAGCACACCUCUCUUUGACUGCGUUUACAUGCGCAUGAAUAUUGCGAUUAUUUCCAAUAAUCAGAGUAAGGACUUAAUCGCAUUAUGAUGUUUACAUGUCAAGAGCAAAGCUCUUACUCCCGUUUACAUGCAAUUUCCAUUAUUCGCUAAGAAUUGUGGUUAAUUUGUUUUUACUGCCAAUAUUCACAUACCCCACUGGACAGCACAAAUGAUGGACUCAGAAAGAGCAGUGUUGGUCGCUGUUUUAAUUUAUUUACGUCUAAUGCAUAAUGAUUUUGUAUGGCUGUAUUCCACGCUUUUUCGGCGCCAUAGAAAUGUGAUAGAAUUUGUUUGAUUAUACGCUGCCGUCGCGUUCUACUCGCCGUUUCUGGAUGAGGGUAAGGAACAGAGACUGCUGGCAGCUUGUUGUGUUUUCCUCAGAAUGCGAUGCUUUCUUCCCCUCCAUCGUUUCUAAUCUCCGUAUUAUUACAGGUGCGUGUCACGUUAUUCAUGUCACAAGCGCAUGCGCACUUUGGUCAGAGCAGCAAUACUGCGAUUAAGGUGUUUACAUGCCUGUGUAUUUCGAUUAAAAUCGGCGUACGCAUAGGCGUAAAUCCCGGGGCAGGACCCCCCCUAUCUGAGGCUUGUCCCCCCUAAAAAUAUCAUUACAAGCGACUCUGUGUAUUGAAAAUAAUAUAAUGGACAUAUACUUAAAAUAAUUGUGUGAUUAGUAAAACAAAAUAAACGGGAAAAAAAACGUUUUAAGUUCAGAAAUGUUUUGAUUCCCCCCUCCCUUGCCUCAUAGUGGUUUGGUCCACUGCCUGCUUUCCUUCUUUACCUAUACACGCACACGAGUCCGGUGAGAGAGAGCAAGUUAGUUAUGUGUAAGUAGGCUGUCAAGGCUAUUUUAUUCUCUUUAAACAUCGGGUGAAAUGGUUCUUUCUCUUUAAUACAGAUGAUGCUGGAUCAUUAAUAAAUUAGUCAUGACAAUGUUAUGAUAUCCUUGAUGUUUUUUCUAUGAGCAAUUAUAAGGUUACAUUUACAUUUACAUUUAGUCAUUUUGCAGACGCUUUUAUCCAAAGCGACUUACAAUUUGGGGAACACAUGAAGCGUUUCAUCUUGAAGAGGCAAUCCGACAAAGGAAGUGCUUGUAACACCAAGUCUCAGACAUUGUUUAAAUAAGUACAAGCUAGCAAGGGAAGGAAUAAAUCUGUUGAUGUGGUCUCAAGCCGCAGAGAGUGUAACAAACACAGCAGUAACUUUAGGAGCUGAUGUGAAUAUAAGCUGUGAUCUUGAUAUAGAGCAGAUUUACUGGUACAGACACAAAUCACCAGAUCCUCCAGUGUUCAUCUUACGCACUUACAGCAGCACAUAUAAAGGAGCUGAAUAUGAAAACAGCAUCUUCAAACUCAAAUACUCGGUGAAUACUAACAGUCGUCUGUUCAUCAGAAAUAUCAGCACUGAUGAAUUAGGAGUUUAUUAUUGUGUCAAAACUAGUGAACCACAAAAAUUCAGCAACGGCAUCAAAAUCUACAUCAACAAUUCUGUCCUGAAGUCACAUGAUGCUGCACAAGACCAGAAAUCAUGGAUAAAUCUGACCAUCAUCAUCAUCAUCAUCAUCAUCACUGCUUCUGUCAGCAUUGCUGUAAUAGGUUUGAUAAAGAGCUGCACAAACUCAAGCAGAGGAGGUAAAGAAAGCUUCAGGAGAGACGUGAAAGAGUCGCAGUUUGCUGAAGCUGUUUUGUUGAAGCAUCUCAGUGGCAGCAGAUCUUGUCAAACCGUGUGCAGCUUCUCUCUUCUUCAGUCAAUAACAGAUGAAGGAGCUUCAGAAGAGACAGAAAAGUGCUUUAGAUUUAAAUAAACAAAUGACAUUUCAUUUGUGUUUUGAAAACCUGACGCUGUGAAUAAAUUGUCUUUGUAAAAUAAAGCGGGGCUUCUGUGGAGCAACCACUGGAGGUCGCUGUUUUUAUUUUACACUCAAGAACAAAGUCAAGACGAAACUCAAGACUGAGAAACAUUUGUACAAACACUAUAUUCAGUAAAGAUUUGAGGUGUGAUGAAUAUUUAACA